AUGAUACCGUGGCACGACCUGUACACGGUGCUGUGCGCGGUGGUGCCGCUGUACGUGGCGAUGAUCCUGGCGUACGGCUCGGUGCGGUGGUGGGGCGUCCUCACGCCGGACCAGUGCUCCGGCAUCAACCGCUUCGUCGCCGUCUUCGCCGUGCCGCUCCUCUCCUUCCACGUCAUCUCCACCAGCGACCCCUACGGCAUGAACCUCCUCUUCAUCGCCGCCGACACGCUGCAAAAGGUCCUCGUCCUCGCCGCCCUCGCCGUCUGGUCGCGUCUCCCCACACGCGGCGGCGCGGCCGGCAGAAGCUGGACGCCGCUCGACUGGUCCAUCACGUUCUUCUCCCUCUCCACGCUGCCCAACACGCUCAUCAUGGGGAUACCGCUCCUCGUCGCCAUGUACGGCCGCUACUCCGGCGACCUCUUGGUCCAGGUCGUCGUGCUCCAGUGCAUCGUGUGGUACACGCUCCUGCUCGUCCUCUUCGAGUUCCGCGCUGCGCGGGUGCUCAUCGCGGGGCAGUGCCCGGACACCGCGGCUUCCAUCGCCACCGUGCACGUGGAUCCGGACGUAGUGUCGCUCCAGGGCAGCCAGGCGGAGGCGCAGGCCGAAGUGGCGCCGGACGGCAGGAUGCGCCUGGUCGUGCGCCGGUCGACGUCGCUGCCACGACGGUCCUUGGUGGCCGCCGCGACGCCGCGGCCGUCCAACCUGACGGGCGUGGAGAUCUACUCGGUGAGCUCGUCGCGGAACGCCACCCCGAGGGCCUCCAGCUUCAUGCACGCCGAUCACCUCUCUGCCACCGGCGUCGUGCUGCCGCACAGCGCGGCGAAGCGCGUGUCGAGCUUCGGCGCGGCGGACCUCUUCUCGCUGCACUCGCACUCGUCGAGGCAGCCAACGCCGCGGCAGUCCAGCUUCGACGAACAUGCGGUGCGGGCCAGAUCAGCCGCCGCGGUGGCGCCCACCAAUGACCCCAAGGACGUGCACAUGUUGGAGUGGAGCUCCGGUGGUUCCGCGACGUCGGAGUUGAGCGGCUUGCCGGUGUUCCGCAGCGGCGACCUCCACCGCGCCAAGGAUGCCCGCCGGCUAGUCCCCAGCGACGCUCCUUCCGUUGGCUCGUCGAGAGCGAUGCGGCCGGGCGAGCGCGUCGCGAGCUUCAAGGCGGAGGCCGGACAGGACACGCUGGUGAAGUUGGAGUCCGGUUCGACGAUGGCAGAGCAGAAGCAGACGGUGAAGGAUGCCGGUGGAGAGAGCGGCGGCGGAGGCCCGGGCGCGGGGGAAGCGGGAGGGCAACAGACGGCACCAGCCGGUGUGAUGAUGCGGCUCAUCCUCACUAUGGUGUGGCGCCGGCUGAUCCGCAACCCCAACACGUACGCCAGCCUCGUCGGUCUCACUUGGUCGCUCAUCGCCUUCCGAUUCCACAUUUCAAUGCCAACCAUAGUGAAGAAUUCCAUCACCAUACUCUCCGAUGCAGGCCUAGGGAUGGCCAUGUUUAGCUUAGGGCUGUUCAUGGCCAUGCAACCGAAGAUCAUCGCCUGCGGCAACUCCGUCGCGGCGGUCAGCAUGGCGAUCCGCUUCCUCUUCGGUCCCGCGGUCAUGGCCGCCGCGUCCGUCGCCAUCGGCCUUCGAGGCACGCUCCUGCGUAUCGCCAUUGUUCAGGCUGCUCUGCCACAAGGAAUUGUGCCUUUUGUGUUCGCCAAGGAAUACAACCUGCACGCCGCCAUUCUUUGCACCGGGGUCAUCUUUGGCAUGCUAAUCGCUCUCCCUAUCACCUUGGUCUACUACAUCAUUCUUGGACUACUAUGA